AUGAGCGAGAGCGGUGUUUGCAGAGAACGGAUAGCUAGGGCUGAGGCCGGCAGGUCCUUCCCACGCCGGGCGCAAGAGAACCACCGCAGCCAGGCCCCCGCUUCAGCAUGCAGGCAGAGAGCGCGAGGCCAGGAGUUGGGAGGAGAGAGCGCGCCGCCCUUGAGUCGCUGUUUCUCCCUUCCCCGGCUUCCUCCCUGGGCUGGCUCCGCUCCGCUGACCCUGUAUGCGGGUCCCCAGUCGGCCGAGACCACGCUGGGCUUCCCGGACCGCGGCCCACGGCUCGCCCGCCCGGCAGCCGCGGGGGUGCUUGCGUCCUCAGUCCCGGGGCCGCCCCGCCGCCUGCGCGCUAGCAUUGGCCACGGCGGCUUUUCCACCGAGCGCUGCAGAUCAAGUCCACAGAGCGGUGUGCCUCCUGGCCCCGGAGCAGCGGCCGCCGGGGGCCUCCAGGUAGAGAAACGCUGGAGCCUAACCUGGGCACGGCGGGGCCCCGGGCCUCCGAAAACCGACCGAGCGGGGAUGCUCCAGUCUGUCCUGCGGAGGCCGCGAUGCGGGCACUGUUGCUUGGUCUCCGGCAGGCUCAACCCGCUCUCUUCCAAAGAGCUGGGCCGCCGGCCCCACACAGGCCGCCUGCUGGAACUCAGAGGAGAAAAAGCCAGAUGUGAAUGAGAAAGGGCAACAAUUCUUUAAGAAAAUGCUUUUAAUACAGCCUCAAUUAUUCAAAUUUAGAAAUCAAGCAAGGUGAAAAUAACCACUAAAUAAAGCAAAAUAAAACCUUGGAAGCA